GUUAAGAUGAAAGAAACCUGUAAUAUUCGGGACAUACGGGAGGCUGGGAACACAGUAAUAAUCCCAAACAAUGAGGAAAAUUACAUUAAUUGUAGAUAUGACGUGUACAGGCAAAUUUCUUCUCCAACCAAUAGGGCUCCGAACCUUUUGAAUCCACAGGGCGUCUGAGAUAAGCCAGGAGGGCAAAGCUGGAGUAUAAAAAGGGUUGGGAGCUCAAGGCUCCUCAUCAGCUCUCCUGCCUCCUCCUCCUCCCGGUGAACUCGGUCUUACCUCCAUCUCCCAACGAUGACUUUCCUCCAAGGCCAGUGCGACGACGACUGCUACUCCUCCUGCAACUACGGGAGCCACUACGGCUACCGGGGCUACGACUGCGGUAGCCCCUGUGGCUACCGGGGCUACGGGAGCCUCUACGGCUCCCGCGGCCUCUACGGCUUCGGGGACCGCUACGGCUACGGCAGCUUGUACGGCUACCGGGGCAUCUUCGGCUCCGGGGACUGCUACGGCUCCGGGGGGCUCUAUGGGGGCUAUCGGGGUUUCUACGGCUCUGGGGACUGCUAUGGAUACCCCGGGUUUUACUCCAGCCGCUACGGGUUCCCCUUCGGCUCCCGCUACGGCCAAAGGUUCGGCUACGGGGGCUGCUACAGCUUGUAAAGGCAGCGGGAGCGACCCCGAAAGCCAGCCCGGGUUUUGGAUUGGUGGAGUCCGGCAGAGUUUUGGGGACAAGAGGCACCCCCGGGGUGCUCCGAGAGCUCUGCGCUGCUGCUGAAGGGAUGAUUCGCCUUCAUCCCGUGGUUCCAGCUCUCCUCUCUGCCCAGAUCUUCUCCUCAACGCUCCAAGCAAACCAGACGCCGAGUUCUCGGCAGUGCUGUACAAAAUAUUCCUUCUGACUGGAUGAUGUGGGUGUUAUGUGACUUUGGGGGUGUGGUAUUUCCGUUCUGUAUCCUUUUUAAAAUUGUAUCUGCCAUUCAUUCCUAUUAAAGG